UACUCACACAAACACAACACUCUUUCACACAUUACAACACAAAACAAUUACCUCUUAAGCAAAUGGCGGUUUCAAAGCUUGUAUUGGCUGCUACAAGCACUAAAAGCUGCAAAGUACUCUUAGGGCUAAGAGUACUUGCCUUCUCGGCUACGCUAUCUGCAGCCAUUGUGAUGGGAUUGAACAAAGAGACAAAGACGUUUGUUGUGGGAAACGUUGGAAAUACUCCGGUCAAAGCUACUUUCACCGCUAAGUUCCAACACACUCCAGCUUUCGUGUUCUUUGUAGUAGCUAAUGCAAUGGUGAGCUUCCACAACAUGUUGAUGAUUGCUGUGCAUCUAUUUGGAGGGAAAAUGGAGUUCACUAGUUUUCGUCUUCUCUCCGUCGCCAUUCUCGACAUGCUGAAUGUGACACUGAUUUCGGCGGCAGCUAACGCGGCGGCGUUCAUAUCGGAAGUGGGGAAGAAUGGGAACAAACACGCGAGAUGGGACAAAAUCUGUGAUAGAUUCGCCACUUACUGCGAUCACGGCGCCGGAGCAUUGAUCGCCGCCUUCGCCGGUGUGGUCCUUAUGCUCAUUAUCUCCGCCAUCUCAAUAUCUCGUCUUGCUCACCCUAAUAAAUGCUCCUCCUCCACGGCCGCUACUCCCUCCGUCGUCCCCUGAAACCAUCACCGCCUCAAAAUUAUACACACUCAUGUCUUGUUCCCUUGUUUCCUUUCUUCUUUGCUUUUUUGAGUGUUUUAGUGUGUGUAUACGUCGAGUGAUUGUGAAAGCAUGUAAGCAUUUGUCUUGUCUAUUACUCUGUUAGUAAUCAAACUUUCUUCUUGUGCGUUGGUCCUUUUGUUUUGGGCUUUUUAAAUAUGAUUAAUGUGAUGACCCUACUGUAA